AAAAAAAAAACACGGUUGCCCGUACUUGAGUCUUGAUUGCGAGCUACGCUACUCCGGGGCCUGUUUGGACCACCAAUCUGCAUGGUUAAUAUCCUGAAAGGGCGGACUGGGAUAGACGGAGAAGCCAGCUCCGAGGUUAAGUCACCCUGGUCGGUCGGAUGAGCAUGUGUGUAUGCGAUACCUUGAGGCCUGGCUAUAUGUGGAUUUAUCAGGAUAUAUAUAACUGGCUAUCACCGCUGCCACUUUGCUCAUUAACACCCCACACAGCCUCUCCUCAGCUUUCGUUCCACAAGGUCCAAUACCCAACAAGUCUCCAGCAAUCUUUCAAAUCUACUAUCAAUACCUUCAAUCCAAGACCCAUAUCAUGGAAAAUCCGCGAGCAGAAAUUGCAGAUGUCGUCAGAUCCAUCACCGAACCGCAGGAUCCGGAAACCGUCCUGAAGAAUAUCGAAAAAUACUUCACGGAGGAUGCGUUCAUUCUUCACCCAUUGGCGAAUCAGCCCGAAUUGGCCAGAGGAAGGGACAACUUGAAAGCUUUGUAUUAUGUGUUCCGCAAGGCCACCAAGGACAACAAGAUCCAUUUCCAUGCGGUGAUGUUCAGCGAGGACCUAAUGCAUUGCACGUUAGACCUCACCGAAGACGUUAAGGAUAUGAAAUCAAUUUUGUUUCCGACUUUGUCACCACACCCUAUAUCCGUUCGCUUCCUGGUGCGAGUUGACCUUCGACUAGAAUCCGAUGGAAAGUACAGAAUAUGGCGUCAACAUGACAAUUUCAUCAGUGAUUUAGGAAUGUCGGGAUUCAAGCUCUUCCCCGGGGCCGGCUACAUCAGCGACUUCCUGAAGUCUUCCGGCGCCUUGUUCACCAUUGCCCUUGGACGCUACUUCGCUGGGAACUUGAUCACGCAGCAGAAAGAAAGUCCUGUUGCCUGAAGGAGUCCCAUUGCACGCCUUAGUAUACUAGAUCCACAAAUCAGUGCAUGAACCCUAGAUAUUUUCACUGCGCUUGACAUCUCCAUGUUUUCAAAUUAAAUACAUUGUCCCGACUCAGCACCAGUCAACCCUUUUAUCUGAAAUCUUGCUUAGAGCAUCUAGAUCCCCACUCCGUGGUUACUCAUACAUGAUAAUAAUGUUUGUUUUACGUAUACAUCGAGUUGUUUCAUUUUCAUUCUAUUUCUUGUUUUCUCUUCUCUGCCUGCAUCACAUCAAUUGCUUUGUAAAUAUGAACAUGGAAAUAACAAUUAUGAUGACUUACUGUUGAUGGCA